AGCAUUGCAAGCUGCCAUCCUGCCCCUGAAUUGAAUGUACUUCACAAGAGCAAACUUCCCACCAUAGCACCGGCACGACAAAAAUCAGGUACCUAUGUGAAAUACUUCCGGGAGGGUCUAGGCCAUUCCACAAAUGACAGCACGGAGUGCUUGCUUGUUCGCAAAGCUCGACAUACCAAUCUCAUGUGUCCAAAGUACUGUUUCAUGUCUCCAAUGCUCCAAUUGCCCCUCUUUUGGGUCCGAACCCCUCACAAUGAAUUCUUCCGGGGCGGCCAAGAAAUGGUUCUUGAUGGUUUUGUUAGGGACUGCCCCUCCAUAGCUGCAACAUGAGCUACUAGUAGUAGCUCUAUCUUCAUCCUAGCAUAUACUCGGUGUUCCAAUAACUCUAUCGGCCUUCCUUCCCCGGUCUUCCUCCAGGUUCACAUCUCUCGACGGCAAACAUCACCCCCAUAGCCUCACCUUUAGUCACAAUGGAGCCUCUCAAUGUCUUAAUGGUUGGCACGGGAGAGUACACCACCGGCUUCGUCGGUGGUGGUGCUUCCGGCUCAGACAAGAAGGUGGGAGUGGUGGGCCUGACCUUGUUUGACCUCCGGCGGAGAGGCAAAGUGGGAAAGCUCGCAAUGGCGGGCGUCAAUGGGACGAAGUAUCCCGCAAUCAGGGAACAUCUUCACAAGAACAUCACAUUGGCCUACAACAACUUGGACACGUCAUUCGAAUCUUACCCGGCCGACGAUGUAAAGGAUCCGGACGCGUACAAGACGGCGAUCGAUGCCCUGUCCCCCGGCGAUGCCAUCACCAUCUUCACUCCAGACACCACACACUACCCUAUCGCGCUCUACGCCAUCGAGCGGGGCAUCCAUGUCAUGAUCACCAAGCCGGCGGUAAAGACCCUGGAACACCACCUCGCUCUUCUCGAAGUCGCCGAAAAGAAGGGUGUUUAUGUGUACAUUGAGCACCACAAGCGCUACGACCCUGCCUACUGGGAUGCGAAGGCCCGUGCCAAGAAGCUGGGUGACUUCAAUUACUUCUACAGCUACAUGUCGCAGCCCAAGUCCCAGCUGGAGACCUUCAAGGCGUGGGCAGGGAUCGACUCGGAUAUCUCGUAUUACCUCAACAGCCACCACGUCGACAUCUGCGAUUCGAUGGUUUCGCAGCUGGGCUACGUCCCGGUCAAGGUGUCGGCUUCGGCGUCGAAAGGCGUCGCAACAAGCCUCGGGUGCCACGAGUCCACCGAGGACACCAUCUCGUUGCUGGUGCACUGGGAGAAGAAGGACGACCCCUCCAAACAGGCGACUGGUGUGUACACUGCCUCAUGGACGGCGCCGCAGAAGGCUGGAGUGCACUCCAACCAGUACUUCCACUAUCUCGCCAGAGACGGCGAGAUCAACAUCAACCAGGCCAAGCGCGGUUACGAGGUUGCCGAAGAUGCGGCCGGGCAGCUGAUGUGGUACAAUCCGUUUUACAUGCGGUAUGCGCCGGACGAGGAGGGCAACUUCAACGGCCAGAGCGGCUAUGGCUAUGUCUCGUUUGAGAAGUUCGUGGACGGCUGCCAGGCCGUCAAUGCCGGCAAGCUCAAGCCUGCAGACUUGGACGCCAAGGGACUCCCAACCCUCCGGAACACAAUCGCGACAACAGCCAUCCUCGAGGCGGGGCGGCGGAGUAUUGACGAGAAUAGGGAGGUCAGGAUUGAGUCCAAGGACGGGGUGUGGAAGUUGGUUUAGUGUCCACCCCCGAAGAUGUAGAAUAUCAAGAGGUUUACAGGGAUACUACCGGGCCUACAUAGGCAACUCGCUCUUCUGGAUAGAUGAGGGUUAGGGUCUACAUCGAGUACUACCAGUAGGGUUCCCAAAGGCUUGGUACUUGAGAAAUACAGCACACAAUUAUUACUCUGUUACAAGCCAG